AUGAGCCGAGCGGUACGCCCGUACAUCUUCAUUUAUGUUAAACCGGCAGUGAGCUUCGGUAGAUCAGUCUUACUCAAACAACGAAUUACCCGCCUGGCUUUUCCAUACUAUAUGUCAUCCCAUGUUGUCUUCCUCGAUAACACCCACCGAGCCAUCCCCACCUCCGGCGGGGUUGCCCGACAUCCGCUGCUUGCCCACCCGACGUUCAGGCACAUCCAUAAUUCACCAACUGCCGGAGUACAAGUCACCAUAUCGCACACUCGCCCUGAUAUCCCCCCACUGAAGGAUCUUACGACCGAAAACAUCACCGAGAAUGUCGUGGCCAUAAACUCUACUUGCAAGGACCCUCGAACCCGCUUCCUCUUUGAGAGGCUCGCUCAUCAUCUUCAUGAUUUUGCCCGUGAGACUCGCCUGAGCACAGCCGAGUGGGAGGCAGCCAUCCAAUUCCUCACCAGCACCGGAAAGAUUUACAGCGACACACGACAGGAAUUGAUUCUCCUAUCUAAUAUCCUAGGCCUCUCUCUACUGGUUGAUUCUAUUGAUCAUCCUAAACCGCCUACGUCGACAGAGGGAACUAUUCUCGGCCCGUUUCAUGCCAAUGGAGCUGAAAAUGUGGCUUCCGGUGAAACCAUUUCCCAUGAUCCAGAGGGAGAACCCCUCUUAGUCGUGUGUUCAGUAAGAGACUCGCAAGGGAAUCCGUUGACAGAUAUCGAGGUUGAUGUCUGGGAGACCGACUCCAAGGGCUUCUACGAUAUGCAAUAUGCAGAUCGCGAAGGCUUUGAUAACCGAGCGAUACUACAUAGCGAUCCCCAAGGCAAGUUUCAUUUCAAGGCUAUUGUCCCGGUCCUUUAUCCCAUCCCCGACGACGGGCCAGUGGGUCAGCUCCUCAAGGUUCUCGGCCGACAUCCCUACCGGCCAAGCCAUAUACACUUCAAGUUCAAGAAGGCUAGCUACGACCCGCUGAUAACGGCACUCUAUCUCCGUGGUGACCCGUAUGAGACUUCUGAUGCUAUCUUUGGCGUCAAGGAGUCUCUCGUCGUGGACUUAACAAAGGUUUCUAAGACGCCGGGAUUCGCAGAGAUAUAUGGAGUAUCAGGGAACACGAAACUACUUCAAUAUGACUUUAUCCUCGUUUCAGAAACCGAGGUGGCGGCGUUGCGACAUGCCAAAGCACUCAAGUCGGCUGGCACGCUCGGGACUGGUUUGAAGCCUUGGCCCAUUCGCGAUCUGUGUGCUGGGCGACGUGCCUGGGGAAUUGUCUUAGAGAAUAUUGACUCUAAGCGCCACGUCUACUCUAUCUACAAGUGUCCGACCCGUUUAUGA